UGUUUCCUUUUCCAGUGGUAAAUGGUCAAGAACCAUGCUGGAAGCAUCUGAACAAGCAGGGCUUUCUCCUGUUUGCUUCCCCAGUCUUUGCUGCAGCUUUGCUUCAUUCAUCUUUGGACGUGGAUAGGAAGCACAGUCAGUGCAAAAAGCAAAGGGGGAACAUUUCUGAAUGCUUACAGGAUGAAUUUCCAUAACAGUACAACAACAUCUGCUCCGCGUGCAAAUAUUGGAAGCUCUCCAACAAGCACAGAUAUUGCAGUCAUUGGAGGUGUCAUUGCAGCUGUGGUUUUAGUCUUGAUUUGCCUCUUGGUGGUGAUGCUGAGGUACAUGUACCGGCACAAGGGUACCUACCAUACCAAUGAAGCAAAGGGAACUGAAUUUGCCGAAAGCGCAGAUGCUGCUCUGAAAAAUGACCCUACCCUUCAAGAUGCCAUGGAUGAGAACCGAAAAGAAUAUUUCAUCUGAAAGCAAAGGCAGCACCCUUGAGACACCCUUUGUUUUUCUCUCCUUCACAAGGGUCAAUGCAUUUUUUUUUUUAAAAAAAGGCAGCAGGGUAUGGAGAUUACACAAAAGAGAAGAAGACGACUAAUUGAAAUAUUGCUGUUUAACAACAGCAAGGACUGGAUGCCAGAUCUAUAGCUGUUUAUUUGAUUAACCACAUCGCUCAGUUCAAUAUCAGAUAAACAGAAAGAAGUGUCUUAGGAUGAAUGAUUUAACUGAUAGCAGAUAAAAGCAUCAAAUGUCAAAUCCUGACAUUUUGGAAAAAUAUCUGGGUUAAUGGAAAGCCCCUUCAUAGAUAUACUGAUUCAUCUCUAUUGAUAUAAUAUCUUGAGGUGAAUUUAUAGCAGCAGGGGGAAAAAAACAAGCAUAAAAAAAGAAGGUGGCCCAAGAAUAUUGGCCAUCAUUCAUGUAUCUUGGUUUUUCUUAACCUGCAAAAGCUUAUCAAUGUGAAUAUGCUUAUUUGUUUGAUCAUUCUUUUUUUUUAAGAAUGCCCUGAAGUUGUUUCUGCUUUGUUAUGUUUUUUAAAACAAUGUCCUAGCAAUCCGAUUCUCACAGGAAAAGACAGAGAAAAGUUUUAAAAAUGAAAGAAUGUCAUUUCUGGAUAUUUCUUGCAGUGGUCAUAUCUAAGAGAUAGGUUUAUUGACUUCUUGACCUUUAAUGCCAUAUCAAUUAUUUUGAACUUGUACUUUUAUUUUAAAUAGUAGAGCUCUCUACCUCCAUCGGGUAUUACCUGCUUAAUGCUGAGAGUGAUCUCAGUAUUUAAACAGUAGCAGUUUAAAUUCAUUGAGGUAGUUCUACCUCAGCUGAGGGUGAGCUGUGGAAAAGAGAAUUUUAGAAGCAUAUGCAAAACCAAUCAUUUAAGUUCACAAAGUCUUUUCUUCGACUUUGCCCGAAAAUAGAAUGAGAUGCAGGAAAAUAAAAGUGCUUGAUUAGUAUUAGUCUUACCCAAAAUAUUUCUCUCUCCUUCCCCCAGCAAUCUGAUUUUAAAUUAUGCCCAAUUUCUGUGACUAAUGUAAUGUACUAGUCAUUGUUAGCUGUCUGACAAUUUCCCCAUGAUUAUAUUUUUGCUGGAGCUGUGGUUUACUAGAGGGGAUUAGCGGUGUAGUUUUUGUAGGAACAAUAGUACAAUUGCAGUAAUAAUAGUUCAGUGUUUUUUUCUUCACUGCUCAAAUUAUAAGAAAGCCAGAGAGCUUUUAUCUUUGAAUUUACUGAUGGCCUCCUUACUGUUGUUCUUAAAGAGUACAGGAGAAUCAUAAAUUAGCAAAACAAUGAAAGAACUCUGGAGCUGGGACAUCUCUGGAGGGGAUUGUGCAUUUCAUUAAAUUUCUUUCUAUAUUUUGCCUCUGUUAACCAGUCCAGUCCAGUCCAGACUGACUGCUGUAGAAAUUACUUUGGCAGGCCAAUCCCCCCUCCCCCAAUUCUGAGAAAAAGAUCUAAUUUUUAUAUGAUGGGCCUUCCUAGUCUCAUUUUAAAAAUCCUGUACUAAAUUAUUAUCUUCAGAAAUGUUAGUUGCAGGUGGACAAAUAUGCUGUGUGACCAGGAAACUGUCAAACACAUUAGAUGCUUCUUCUCUUCAAGUUCAUUUGAAUUCAAGUGAGUCAGGUGGUAGCAGAUUUGGGAUCACACUGAAGUAUGGAUGGAGUUUAGAUGUACAUACAAACCCUUGUGAGACAAAACCAUACAACAAGCUCAAUUCCUGAUAAUAUCAAGGUCAUAUCCAUAUAGCUUUCCUGGUAACUACUAUUCCUCCUCCUGAGGUCUGUUUUCAUCUUCCUGACUUAAUCCCAUGUUGGGAUUUCAUAUUGAUCUUAUUUCUAGGCUUAUACAUAACCAUAGGAAAAUCAGUUUCUGAAUGUGUAUGAUUUUUCAGUGUCCAACAUGAUUUUUUUUAAUCACAGCCUCUUCAUUUAUAACACAUUGCUGUUCUGUUGACAACUCUGACCCAGGGUCUGCAUCUUUCUGGUGAUCAGAAUUAUAUUUAAUUCCUGGGAGUGGCGAGAGUAAUUAAGUACCAUAGUGAAUAAACAGAGAUGGAAAAUAGGAAAAACAAUGUUAUUCACUUUGGGAAGCUGUCAUUUUCCAGAUUUAUUAUUUUACUUCCCUCCUGAUUUUGGUUUCUUUGUUUUUCCUAACAGCUACUCUUAAAGAAAAAUUAAGCUUCUUAUAGAGCUCAUAUAAUGUUUUUAUUGUGUUUUCUGCCUUAAUAUAAUGAGAAUCUACCUUGACGAUUUUAAUAAUUGUGCCAUCAAAUUUAUAACAGGAUAGUUCAAGGAAUUCCAAGUCUGCCAAAAGGUGCCUUAGUUAGCCUACCUCUGCUUUAACCAAAGAAAAAAGUUCAAAUGGCUUAACUCUCUCUCUCUUGUCUCUCUUUUUGGAAUAUUAAAAUAUAGGUAAAUAAUUUAA